GACCUGUCUUCCGGAAAGGAGCGAGGCUGUGCAGCAUCGAGGGGUGGCCGAGGCGCCGUCUUGUGGUUGCUGCGCCUCAUAUCGAUGAGUUGACUGAGAAGAAUCGUCGCUUUUGUCCUUCCUGAGGUAGCCAGACAGGGAACAGGCGAAUUCGCCAUCGGUGCCGCCCUCAUGUGCUGUGUGUGUUUGCGCAGGGAGGGACCGUGAGCAUCGGUCAAUUAGCUGCGGCCUCAGAGAAGGCAUUGGAGUUCUCAUCGCAGCCGCUGAGUCAGAUCUACAGCAGCAAUGGAGGAGGGAGAUAGACAGGUGAGCGCAUCACAGCACCGCUGGCAAUGGACGGCCGUGUUUGGGUUGGGUAUGUGUGUGCAGGGCAAGAGGACCCGUCACAGUGAGGACGCGCCGGCUGCGGCUGCGGCUGCAUCUGCUGGAGGUGGUGGUGGUGGCGAGAGUGACGAGGUGCGGCAGCGACGGGAGGAGAGGGAAAGGCCCUUGCGCAAGGAGAUCAGUGACACGGUGAGCCAGCCACCGACGCACUGAGGGCAUACACACUGAUGGAUAUCCUCUGCCGUCCCGUGUGCUGUGUGGCUGUACUUCAGGAGGGGCUUCUCAGCUACAUGAUGGCCUUCCUGCCCAUCAACCUGAUGGUGCAGCUGGCCAAGUCCAUCUGGCAGCACGCCGCACCCGAGCUCUCGGACGUCACCAUCAGCUCGGCAACCAAGGAGGAGCGGUCCUUUUGGCAGCACGUCCGUCUCGCCUUCGUCACCCAGCUGGCGGCCCGACUCACCCACCUCACAGCCAUCACCCUCCACUACCCCACCGGCUUUACCGGUGUCUUCUGCUGGUGUUUCGACGUGUUUGUGGCCAUCAUCGAGGGUCAUAUCGCUGGCCGACGGGCAGCCGACCUGGGCGGCGGGACUCUGGAGACAAUCACCCUCCAAAGAGGGGUUCGUCUGACCAACACGGAGAUGCAGACCCUCUCGAGGACUCGUCCGCCCCUCCCAGCUCUUCUCGACCCGCCUCCCACCCUCCACGCGCUCACCACCAUUGAUGGUCUGACCCGCGACCAUCACGGGCUGGCCGACCGACGCCGGCGGAUGCCCUCACUCACCACCGUGCAGCAGCACGAGACAUGGGGUGCCGACAGAGUGGGCCGCUUCAUCAGCUCGUCCCGCUCACUGCGGCGUGUGGGCGGUAGCCUUAGGGGGGAGGACUGGGCGGGUGUGUUUGAGGGCAUCCCUGCGGCACCUGCUGGGCAGCGGGGAGGGCCACUCGCACAGCUGGAGAGCAUCGACACCAUCAAGAUCAGAGGUGACGAUGAGGCGGCGGGCAUAGAUCGGCUUCAGGUGACCACAAAAGACGUUCAUGUUCAGCGUCGCGUGUGUGGGUUGGCUCAUGAUGUUCUUCCUCUAUGUGUUUGUUGUCGCCUUCAGGCUGUGCUCGUGGCGCGUGGCUGUCGACGGUCGCUUAAGCAGCUGCACGUGGAGCUCAGUUCCUUCUACCGCAUCGGCCGCCGCACCCUGCCCACUCUGCUGGCCGUGGACCGGCUGGUCGGCGCGUGCUGCCGACCGGACGCCCCACUCACGCUGACCGCCAUUGGCCAUCUCGAGUUCGACCUCGCCAUCUUCUACCAGGCCGACUUCCCCGCCCGCCCCUCACCCUCAUUCAAGACCAUGAUGCAGCAGCUGGCCCGGCAGGCUUGGUGUGUGCAGUACAUCUUCACCCAGGACGGCCUCACCGACCCGUACGACAAGCCGAGCCAAUCGGCCAUCGAGAUGGCCAAGACACUCUCAUUCGACAAGGCCACGGAUGUGCUGGUCAUGAACGCCGACGGCUUCGAUCCCCCGGCCAAUACCGCAGCGCCCCUUCCCGCUAUCGUCACACACCUACAGCAAUUCCCGAAAGCCUCACGGCUGUGUGUCGAGAGCGACCUGGGUGGUGCUGCCGGGCGGCUGCUGGCGGCAAAGAUGCCCAAGGAGGUGGGGGACGUGGACAUCGGCGAGGUGUCGGGUGAUGAGAAGGUGGGCGUGUUGGAGGCACUGGGGAGGGAGAGGGAGGUGGGUUGGAUGAAUAUGGGGGAGUUUGAGGGCGGUGUGGACCAGUUAGUGGGGGCGGCCAACAGAUUGCCUACGAUAAAGGCACUAGACUUAUUAUUCGAUGUGACAUGUACGCCGAGAGAAGAGGACAUUUGUGUCCCUCUGUCCGUCCUCAUUGCUGCCUUGUGUGUGUUCUCUCCCCUUCAGUGCCUGACGAUGUGGAGGAGGCGGGCAGCUUCGUCCGCACCGGCUUCUCGUCGGUGGUCUCGCGCAUCAGAGGCCUCCAGCGCGUGUAUCUGAUAAUCCGCAAUACCGACUACCAGCAGGGUGCUUCCAUCGGCGCCUCCCUCCCUGGCGGCACCAACAUCGGUGCCUUCACAAUCACACACGAGCACCGUGGGUCACACUUCACCGUCAUGACUGUCAGUCGCAGUGCAUGACGGUAAGGGAAUGGCACUCAUUCACACGGAGUUCUGAUUGCGUGACCAUGUUCGUGUCUCCUCUGUGUGUAUGCAGAUUGGUGGUGGUCUGUCGGGCCGGCUACUGUGUGUGAUGGAUCAUAGCGGACGGGCAGUGGGGCCGUUCUUAGCUGACGACAUUCAUUCAUUGCAUAGCACAGCUGCAUAUGUGUGUCUGUGUCUGUGUGUGGAUGACUGACUGGGUAGCUGUACAGAUCGGCGGACGACCGGGGGCUGCAUGAUGCUGACGUGUGAAUGACCGUGUUGGCAGAGAGAGGGAACGAACACGCCAGAGGGACAAGUACCGGCAGGCGCACCACAUAGCCAUGCCGCAUCAAUCAAGCACUCCAACCAGC